AUGACAGGGUUCAGCUCAUCAUGUGGAGCAUGCAAGUUCCUAAGGAGAAAAUGCACGCGUGAUUGUGUAUUUGCUCCUUACUUUUCCUACGACGAGGCUCCAACCCAUUUUGCAGCGGUGCAUAAAAUUUAUGGUGCUAGUAACGUCUCAAAGCUAUUGUCUCAUCUUCCAAUCCAUAAUAGAAGUGAUGCUGCCAUCACCAUAUCUUAUGAAGCCUUGGCUCGCAUGCAGGAUCCUAUAUAUGGUUGUGUUGCUCAUAUCUAUGCAUUGCAGCAACAGGUUGCCAGCUUGCAAGAGGAGAUAGAUACUCUUGGAAGUCUAAUGGCAAAUUCCAAGGUUAGUGUUGUCAAUUGUGGCAGUGUCCAACCACCAAUGAACUCAAACAACGGAAUACAUAGUAUUUUGCAGCAUGAUGAUACAAGGACACAAUAUUAUCAAAAUCAAAUGGCUAAUUUUCUUUCACAAGAAGGAAGUGCCACGGUUUACCAAAGUUUGGACAAACAGAUGGAUAUAGAGCUUCCUAAUGUACACGGAUUUGAAGAAUCUUCAUUUGGCGAUUGCAAUCCCAAUCCGUUAGAACAGUUCCUAUCUGGAAUUGACCAAGAGGUCUUCAUGAAUCAUCCAUGGUUCAAGCAUAAUGCAAACAUAAAGAACUAG